AUGAAGGAGGGGGAGUUAAAGGAGGGGGAGGGUAAGCCUGCUGAGGGGGCGGCGGCGGCGGCACCACCGGCGAAGGUGUCGUUGAAGUUUGGGGUUAAGCCACCGGCGGCGAAGAAUGUGUUCAGGAACGCGCUUGCUGGGGCGCCCAAGAAGGUCAUGGUUGCGCAGCCGAAGAAGAUGAGUGCUGGGGAGAGGAUCAUGAUGGAGGAGCUUGAGAGGAAGAGAGCGCGGGAGUCGAGGGGCAGUGGCGGUGAUGCUCCUAGUAAAAGGCCGCGGUUUUAA